CCCGCUCGCCCGCCCGGCCCCAGCGCGUAACAGAGCUGCGAGCCCGACUGCCAAGGGCGUGUCACCGCCGGGUGGCGGGGCGGGGACGCGCUGCGGCGGGCGGGAGAAGCAACAACCGCGGACGCCCCCGGAAGAGCAAGAGCACGAGGCCCUGCGAGGAUGGCGCUGACCGCAGCCCCGCCAGGCGGCGCCCCGCAGCCGGGCCAGACGGCGCCAUCUCCGCCCCAUUGGCCGCCGCCGCCGCCACCGCCACCACCACCAUGGCGGCCCUGCCGGCCAAGGAGCGGCCAGUGCGCAGGCGCCCCCGAAGCCCCGCAGGUGGGCGGGGUCACGAGCCGGAAGCGCCCCUUGCGACGGGCCCUUUCGGACACCCGGCCCGCCGGAACUGCCUGGAGUUCCUACCUCCAGGCGGAACCCAGCGUUGCUUGGCAACCGGUGCGGGCGCGGCCGACUCGCUCCUCGGGACCCGGAGCAAGCCCGGAGAAGCGGCUACCUGCUGCGCGGGCGCCCUCGCGUCGCGCCCGCUCCCCCGGCAGCCCCGUCCUCGCGCGUCGCGGCACCCCUGCCCUUGGCACUAUUUACACGUCUCCGGCUCCCACGACUCCCUAGCCCCCACCUGCCUCAGAGCCCGCCUCCACCGAAGGGGAGGCGGCUCGACCCCCGACAUGGCGUCGGCGAUGACAGACCGCAACCCUCGGGCGGCCGAGGCCUCCGGCACCUACACCUACACCAGCAGGCCCCGGGCCGUGCCUUGCCAGCGCCGCCGCUACCGGGACAGCCUGUUGCAGCCAGUUGAAGAACCUAUGAAUUAUGGAAACAUAAUGUAUGACAGAAGGGUGAUCCGAGGCAACACCUAUGCACUACCCACGGGACAGGUGCCUGGACAGCCUGAUCCUCUGGAGCUUCAGCGACAGCAGCAAGCCAGGAGGAGGGCUCUUGCCAGAAAACGAGCCCAGGCGCAGCUCAGACCCCGGACGCCCGAGCCCGUGGAGGGCAGAAAGCACGUGGAUGUACAGACAGAAUUAUACCUUGAAGAAAUUGUUGACCGCAUAGUUGAAGUCGACAUGGAAUGCCAGACAGAUGCAUUUCUGGACAGACCACCAACACCACUCUUCAUUCCUGCCAAAACUGGCAAAGAUGUGGCCACUCAGAUACUAGAAGGAGAGCUCUUUGACUUUGACCUUGAAGUCAAACCAAUGUUACAAGUCCUGGUGGGGAAGACGAUUGAGCAGGCCCUUCUGGAAGUGAUGGAAGAGGAGGAGCUGGCCAACCUGCGGGCCAGUCAGUACAAAUAUGAAGAGAUACGCAACGUCGAACUGGCUGAAGUGCAGAGACUGGAGGAGCAAGAGAGAAGGCACCGAGAAGAGAAGGAGCGCCGCAAGAGACAGCAGUGGGAAAUCGUAUAUAAGCACAACGAGACAUCCCAGAAGAUCUCGGCGCGUGCGUUUGCCCAGCGGUACCUGGCUGACCUUCUCCCAUCUGUCUUUGACAGUCUCAGGAACAGCGGCUACUUUUAUGAUCCUGUUGAAAGAGACAUUGAGAUAGGAUUCAUUCCAUGGCUAAUGAAUGAAGUUGAAAAAACCAUGGAACACAGCAUGGUGGGAAGAACAGUGCUUGACAUGUUGAUCCGUGAAGUGGUUGAAAGAAGGCUAAACAGUUAUGAGCGUAAGGAAGACACACAGCCCUCCAUGAGGUCGGAUGAUGUGUUUAGUGGUCCUGGCACAGUGAAAGAUCCCUCGGUGAGUUUAGAAUUACAGGAGCCAACCAUAUCCCAGCAGCCACUUUUAGACAGAGACUCCUCCCAGACAAUUCCAUCCCAAGAAAGGAGGCCCAUGGAAGAGUGGGACCCAGUUUGGCAGAAUGACCAAGGAGAACUGAAGGAGUCUGGAGGGGAGGAGCUGUCACAGCCAGAAGGAUCAUGGGAGCCAGGAAACCACUCAGCAGCUGGUCAGUAGUGACAUAGUCAGGUACUGGUGUAUGUGACCCCAGAAUUUAGAAAUUAUGGAUAUUUAUCCACAGAAUCUUUCUGUCUAAUUGACUGAAGAAAUAAAUUAUGAUAAAAGAAAACUAAUAAAAAGACACUUUUUCAUUUAUUUAACAAAAUAUUCAAAGACCAUGUUGUCACACUUGUAAAAAUCUUGUCUAACCACUAAUUCCCCUUCACUGUCAUAUAGAACUAGUAAGUGUUAUCUUUUCUUUUUUUGUUGUUUUUUUUGUUUUUUUGGGGGGGGGUUUGGUUUUCCAGACAGGGUUUCUCUGUAUUGUUUGGGAGGCUGUCCUGGAACUCGCUCUGUAGACCAGGCUGAAUUCGAACUCACAGAGAUCUGCCUGCCUCUGCCUCCUGAGUGCUGGGAUUAAAGGUGUACACCACCAACACCCAGCUGUGUUAUCUUUUCUUAAUCCUCCUAAUUUUGUGAAUUAAUUCCUUUUUGAUAAGUCUAGUAUCUCAUGUUAGAUAAUCGUACUGUCAGUCAUUAAGUUUGUCCUCUCUGUAGGAAACUAGCACCCUCGAUGUGUAAAGAAACCCUGUGUGUUCCUGAAGGCUGAGUGUCUCCUCCCUGUGAGGAGCAAACCCAGAGCCAUGUUUGGCUAAAAUUAAACACCACCCCUCCACCUUCAGUAUCUAACUAAGUCUAGCUAAGGCUGACUGACUGUUGUCGACCAGUUACAUUCUGGCUUCUCUUUUUCACAUUUCAUCCAUAGCAAAUGCUCAGGUAACAGCAGCAACAGCAAACUCCGUCUCUCUCCUGCCAUCCACACAGCCUCUGUUGUCAGCUGGUUAGAGGUACCCAGGCCUUUUGUGGGCUAUUUAGGUCUAUUCAUGUUUCAACAUGUAGAAAGUAUAGGCUUUUACUUUGUAACUAAUUAAUGUGUUGUUUACAUAUUUUAUUCUUUGCCAAAUAGUAUGUCUUCUUUCCAUACAAGUUUACCUAAAUUACUUGUUUCUUUAAAAUGUGGUAAAGUAAUGGGUACUGUAGACUUCUGUGGUGUACACAGGGGAGUUACCCUUGACUAUUAACUCAUUUACACCAUUUCCUGUAGAAGUGAAAAGCACAAUGAUUUCGCCACUGUCUUAACUACUACUAGCAUUGACUGAAGUCUUGUGAGUCAUCGGGCAAGCAUUUGGUCUAGCCUUAGACUGCCGGAAGAGAUAGAAUCUGCAGUCAUUUGAAAUGGCAUGACGUAUUUAUAUAUCUACUCUAAUUUCUGAAGACCAGUGCAAGAAUGUGUAUGGGUCCAACAUUUUCCAAGGCCAAGCUCCACUCUUAUCAUCAAGAAGAUUUUAACAGCAGCCUUCCAAGCCAUCAGCUCAUUUUUAAUGGGGGAGGGAGAAAUGAAAAUGUAAAGGUUUUUUUUUCUUUUGUAGUUAAUUUUUUACCUGUUGUAGAUUAUUCAUUAAAGUCCUUUUUUUAAACAUCA